GCGCCACACACGACAGACAUGGGGCGAUGAGGGGGGUGGGCUGUCGGUGGCCUAUGCUGUAAUCGGUUGUGCCCAUGUCACCUCGCGGCCCAUACUGGUGUUCAGCGAGUCCGAAAACUCUCCGCGAGCCUGAAGAGAACCCGCGGCUCGGCGCACCCCGCUCCCGGUUAGCCCAGCAGACUGCCUGAACCCAGCCGGUGCCCCCCGUCUAUGCGAGGGGUGGUUUGUUCCGCAAUAGGGACCGGGCCAGCCUACUAGUCUGGCAGGGGUGAGCUACCUGGCCAAGGUGCGCACCGGCUUCCCCGACACCACCUGCGCGCUCUCCCCCCAGUCCCUCGGAGGGCGAUAUCCCUGUACCAUGCGGCCCCGAGCCCCGGUGAGGCUAUUGGGGGGUUCCCCGCGCCCUGCUUCGCAACGCCGGAUUGCCGUGCGCACCCCUGCGCGAGUGGUUCGGUCCAGGCGGUAUUUAAGGACGCUGCAGGGCCGCUAGUGGCUCAGAGCUGCUCUGGGUCGCAGGGAGGGUCGUUGUCGGGGGGCAGGUAAACGGCAAGGCAGGUGGGGGCGGUGGAUGGAGGGCGUAGGGGAGGGCCACGGAGGGGUGGAUGUGAUGGGCCCCCGGUAAGCCGAGCAGCGCAGGGUAGGGGCCCGCGGGAAGGCGCCGGUCAGGCCAUCUCCUGAGGAGGGAGAUAAACAAGCCUUUUAACUCCUUCUCACCCACAGCCAGGGCUGCAGUCACCGGGGGGCCUGCUCCUGCAUCCCUGUCACCGGCAGGAAGGCCGGCCCUGCACUGGGUAUCAGGGGGGUCUGGAGAUACACUGUAUCCCCCCCAUACCUUGUAUGAGCCCAGCACCCCCCAUGUCAGGAUCCUGGAGCAUCAAUCUCCAGGCUCCUGUGUCUGCAGUCAGGAUGAAUGAGACCCCUCCAGGGUGCAGAAUAACCAGAGAUGGAGCCUGCUUCUAUUUACAAGGCUCCCCAUUCAUGAAACAGGAUGAUCUUCCCAUUCAUCCAUUGUUGAUUUUGGGGCUUGCUAGAGGCCUAAGGCACUAUUAAAGCUCCAAGUAUAAGGUCAAUGAGUCUGCCAAUUUUUUCUUAUACUACAAUUUAAAAUAAUAAAAACAGCCCAGUUAUAUUGCUUGCAGUCCUGUUGCAUGUGCUUUAAUUUUUUUUUUCCUGGCAUAGUGCAGUAGGAGUAAACUGAAAAUGAUGGCAUGUUAGAAGCAGGGAUGUAAGGGUAGUUGAGGAAUGAACGAGUGUUCUUAACAUUCCAACUUGGUGCUGUUACCGUGGUUCUUAUCCAAUGGUUUGGAACCCAAUUUUGAGUUCUGUUGCAAAUUUAUGUCCCAGUCCGUUGGCGCAGGCUAUUCAUAUUUUGCCAAGCUUCAAUCAACUUACUGGUUUAUUGUAGUAUCCCUGCCUUUCACUGUGCAUUGAGACCAUUAUGUAUCUAUUGAAGAAUAGGGGUGAACUAAUUUUAGAAACCAAUGGGUUGCAAGGCUAAUGCCAUGUACACGUCCCUGUCGAUACUUGUAGUUUGAGGUCCUGUUUAUUUGGUGCCUGGUGGAGCAGAGUGUAUUGAUUAAUUUUGGUUCCCCCUUUCUCAGACUGACUAUAUGUGUCUGUGUAAUACAGGAUGGAAUGAUGGGGUCCAAUUGAGCUUCCGGCUGGGUUAGGCCCAGUAAAGACUGGCACUGAAGUAGCCAUCAUGUCCUAUACUGGUUAUUGAGAAGACAGACGAGAAGCCAGACCUGACCAUCAUGAUCUCCAUGAUUACAGAACAAUUGCAAAAACAAAGUCUGGAGGAUCUGAAAUGCAAAUCUUUCAGUAUAAGCUUGGUAAGGCCAUUUAUGUGUGAUUUACUUGUUUAAUGCUGUACACCUAAAGUGUAACUCACAGUAAUGGUCUCUCCAUAAAAAAAAAAAUGUAUAUAUCUGUUAGGCUUAAAAAAGUUUAAAUUGUAUGUAAUUUUACAUGAAAAUGAUCUGCUUACCCUCACAACUUAUUUAAACCCAAUAGUUUUGAGUAUUUAUACAAAUGACAGACUAGGUCUUGAUCCAUUUGAAGAUAAAAGAUCACAGGUAUUGUCAGCAAGAAUAUGCUCUGCAGGAAUUUUGGGCCAUCUACUUGUAUUUUCCUCAAACUUGUUUUAAUUAAAAUUUAGCAAGAUUAUUUUGUAUGUAGUCUGAAAGUAAACCACUCGUGUUCGAUUUUGCAUUUUUAUUUUAUAGCUAUCUUUUCAUGAAAAGAGCACUAACGUGAAAACAAUUACUUUUGAUGUUCAUAUUCCGUUUUCUUUAGAUUCUGGUUACCGUUUUUUUUUUUAUUUAUUUUUUUAAGAAGUAAAAAAUGUCAAACAUUCAUGUAAUCAAGGUUAUUCCCAUACUGGACAUUGUUGCUGUAAGAAAGAAAAAAUAUUGUGCAAAAAUACAGAUGGUUUUCUAGCCUUUUCAUCUGAAAUGUGUUUGCUAUAACGUUCAUGUACACUCCAGAACUUCAAAUAUUAUUUUAAAGCCGUAUUGUUUAUGAAUGAAGUCUUAAGUUCUGCUGUACUCUUAAACAGACCAGUACCAUAUUUUUUUUUUUUUUUAAUUAUAUAUAUAUUUAAAAAUAAUUCUCCAGUCUUACCAUCCAAAUUAGAGACCAUAAGUGGGAAAAAUAUGCGGUACAGAGAAGAUUGUGUAGAACGGCAAGUGAACUCUGGAUUAAGGCGCACUUCUACCCAACACACGAUUCCAAAUUGCCCAAGUCAGAGAACUAAGAAUAUUCUAGUCGUCUAAUAGCUAAAUUUGCAUCUCUCUCAAAAAAAUGUCAUGCUUUGAAGUGACUUCCUUUAUUAACCAAAGUAUGUUCCUUUUUAGUUCUCUAUAAUCUUUGUUACUGCACUGUCACUUGUGAUUUCAAGGCCAUCAUUACUUAUCAGCACAAGGUACAGUGAAGUUAUCAGUUGAGUAACAGGCUUCCUUUUUAUACAGAAAUCAUUAGCAAAAUGAAUACAGCAAGACGAUUUACUAGCAAAUCUAACUUUUUUAUAUUUUAAGCCUUGAUUUUAUCACUCGGAUAUGAGUUUAAGCUCCUGCUUAUGUAUACAUAUCUGCCCCCUGAAUGUGACAUUUUGCUACCAUAUUGCUUCGCAGUGGUUUUACAAAAUUGUUCAGUAGCUAGUUUGCAAACACAAUGCAUCUUUAUCUGAAGAGAACAAAAAUAAAAACUAUAACUUAGUUGUUAGCUGUGUAAAAACUUAGUUAACUUCACUUUUAUUUUGUUAUUUUACUAACCGGGUUAUUGGCAGUUAAACAGGAUACUCAAUCCUAAUGUCCAGUCUUCCCGGCAACUAUAGACAUGCCUAUCUUAUUUUUUUUUUUAAAUGCCAUGUGACAGGUCUUUUACCCUACAAGUUUCUAUAAUGGGUUGUUGGAAGAGUUGAACAAAAGUGUAUAUAUAAUAUAUAUCUUCUUUAUUUAUGUGACAGGGGGGUGUUAAUAAACACAAUUGGACUUUCUCAAAUGUUUUCAUAAAUGUUUUUUUUUUUGUUUUGUUUGUUUUUUUUUCCGUUUUUUUUUCUUAAUGUGUAUGACCAAUCAUUUAAGAUAUUGUCGUCGUGUCUCCCCUCCUCCCAUGCAAGUCCGUACACUAUAUAAAAUGCAUUCUGGUAAUUUCUAAUAGAAUAGAAUAUCUUAUCUUACAAAUGACCUGCUGAUAUUUAUUAUUUCUUUUGUACUUGUAGGCCAGGUAUUUUUUCUGAAUAGUCCACUUGGGUGGGGAAAACGUGGUGAUAAUUUUAAAAUGGAAUUCCACCCACUCUGCCCCCGCCAUUGAAAAUUUAUUUUUUUGUCUGAUGGCACCCCCAUAUAGAAGGAAGGGUGCAGGGAGGGGGGAGAGAGAAUCUACGUACUGGAACUGACCUAAUCUCCCCUGACCACAACCAUGUCACUGGUCUCAAAGUACAAAAAUGAGGGCCUCUGGAAGAACCCAUGAGACGCUGUAAUUUACUAUAGAUAUAUUCUUGUACAUGGCCAAUAAGGAUUCCAUUAUCUGUGUGAUCCAAUGCCGGUUUUCUGUCUGUCAUGACUUGUAAUGGCUGAUGGAGAAAUGGCAAGAUUUGGCAGCUUUUGCUACAUUAUGCCAAAAAUUGGCUUAUCCAGAAGACAAAGUAGUCUUUACUUAUCUUGUACUUAUUGAAUCUCAACCCAGCCUUAGUCAGCCUCUACAACUGGGGCAAGAUGGUCUAAGUGAUUUCAUUCUGACUUUCCACCAUAGUGGAAAUGUAGAUUUUUGAUUGUGAGUACUCUGUGAUCAACUUUGACUUGUUAUCCACUGGUUUUCAGUGCCAACAUACCCAGAUGGUUACAGCAUUUAAAAAAAAAAAAAAAGAUUUAAACUUCUAAGUCAGAUUUAUUCAGAUUUUUGCAUAAAUGUUUCCUAAACCAUAAAUACUUACGAGUUGUUAGCUCCAGUGUGGGCCCCUACAGCUAACAAAGUUAGUCUCCCUUUUUGCCCAGCAUGUCUAUUUAUUUUUUUUUGUGCUGGGCAUUGGACUUUUUUAAGAGGUGAUUUACGGAUUUGUAUUAAAACAAAAAAAUUAAAUCAUACUUUAUGGCUGCAUUAGUUCAUGUGCUGUUUUUAAGUAUUCAGUUUUAGAUUUCCAUUAAAAUGGUGGCUUGCUAUUUAAAGCUCUUGUAGACAAAACGUCUUAUGCUCAACCAAUGGAUGAGGUUGAUUGGAGUUGUAUUACACAUAAACUGUUAAGCAAGUGCUUGGCUAUCACAUUACAUCAGAUGUAUAUUUUUAACUCCUCUAGCCUCAGCCAGAGUCUCACAUUGUCUUAUAAGCGUUUUAGCCCUUUUCACUUAAAGUGAUGGGAUAUAUAUUUUUUUUUCUUUGUUUUGGCUCUUGGGCAAACCUCGACAAGUCAACUUAUUGGGAAUUUAUCGCCAUAACAAAAGGCUGCUCAAACGAGGUUUUGUACCCUGACCACUUCUUAAGAUGAGGUGUUUAUGGAGAGGGAUCCUUUAAUGUAAUCUUUACUGUUUGACAAAGUAGACCUUUCCGCGCCUAAUCUGAGUCUUUAGGAAACUGUAAUCUGGUCCUAUAUAGAAAAAACAUUGAUUUAGUUUCAAUAACGGUGCAAUUAAAUGUCUUCUAUGUUUUGCUUAAUUGUACCCUCGUGUUUAGUUUACAGUUCAAGCUUGUAUUGAGUCCUACUUCUACAUCACCGGUUAUUUGUACUGCUCUCUUUUAAAGCAACAUGGAUUAUGUUGGUACAGCCACAAAUGUGUGGAAUACUAAAGUAAAUUUUAUUGAAUAGAUAUUCUUUUCCACAGCCAUUCCUUUGAGGUUUUGUGUUGUAAAAUGACCAGAAAAGAUGGCGUCUCUAUAUUGACAAUGCCGUUGAAGAAAAUUUAGCCUAAUAUUUUAAGUUAUUUCAUUCCUAAACUAAGUACUAACGUGAUAUAUGAAUGUCCCCACAUGUUUUUACACCACAAUACCUUUUUAUAUAUCAAAAUUGGAGGCACACUGCUAAAAUUGUUUAAAAUGUAAAAAAUAGGCUAUUAGAGUUGGUAAAAUCAUUAAAUGUCUAGAAAUUCCUCUGAUUAUCUAUUGAUAGGUUAUUAAAUGUUCGUUCUGAUGCUACAAAAAAAAGAAAAAUCUAAUAUAUAAGCAAACACAAGAUUCCUAUGUCAAUACCACAAAAACCAGUUUAGUGAAAAAACAGGUUGGAUUUAUUAACCGUUCACCGUUGGUUGAAUGAACCAGUCUACUUGUUGGAUGGAUUCUCCUAUUUAUUUAAACAAUUGCACAAUAAUCCUAUUGCUCCCCCUUCUCUAACACUUACAUUCCUCUUGUGGGAUUACCCAUCAAAUUCGCCCUGUUCAUUCCUUGUUGGACUACAUAUACCGUGAAUUCAGGGAAUGGAUUUAAAUGUUAUGCAUGUUCUGUGACAUAUGAGCUAUCUGCAUAAUCUACUUUUUCCCCAGAGUAUGUGGCUGCCGGCAUUGGGAAUUCUAAAAAAACUGUCUUUUUUUUUUUUUUUUUUUUUUUUUUUUUUCUUUGUAUUUUUCUCCCAGCCAUUGCCCAGUCAGACCGACCCUGAGGGAACCAGCAGCCCCUUUCACUUUGUUACAGGUAAAUUUUUUUUUUACUCUUCACAUUUUCUAUGUGUGUGAAGUCCUCCAUACUCUGGUGCUCUUAUUAUAACAUUUUGAUGUUUUUUUGAGGGGGGAAAUCAUUGGAAAAUAUAGAACUCUAGAAUAGAAUGUAGAAUACUUUGCCCUAAAUUAAAAGUUUGAUCAGAAAGGAUAGAACCGCUUUUUAUGGUUGUCAUAUAUCAAUCAAUAUAAUGGAUAUUCUAGACAAUGGGAAAGAAUUAAAGGCCACUAUAGUCACCAGAAUAGCUAAAGCUUAUUGUAUUUGUUCUGGUGAGUAGAAUUAUUCCCUUCAGGCUUGUUGCAGUAUACACUGUCUUUUCAGAGAAAAAUGCAGUGUUUACAUUACAGCCUAGGAAUACCUCCACUGGCCAUUCCUCAGAUGGCUGCUAGAGGUGCUACCUAGUGUGCAGUACUGUCAUUCAGUGUCUCCACCCUUUGCAUACAGACACUGAAAUUGCCUCAUAGAAAUGCAUUGAUUCAAUGGAUCUCUAUGAGAAGAUGCUGAUUGGCCAGGGCUGUGUUUGGCUUGUGCUGGUUCUACCCCUGAUCUGCCUCCUUGACAGUCUCAGCCAAUCCUAUGGGAAAACAUUGUGAUUGGCUCACGGUAUCAUUUCACAGCAGCUGCAGACUUGAAUACAAGUAAGAUUUUACUAUAUUUAGGGUGGGGGAGGGUUUAACACUAUAGAGUCAGGAAUACAUGUUUGUGUUCCUGACCCUAUAGUGUUCAUUGAAGGUAGUUAAAAAAAAAUAAAAAAAAAAAUGUAUUAAGGGCCCUAUUUGACCUUGGUGUUUAGCUAAGAAGGUCUCUAUUCAGGAAUUAAAAUCCAUGCUCAAGAUAAACUGACAUGUUAGAAGCUGCCUCUAUUCAUUCUGUCCAUCAAUUACUUGCUGCACAGUUUUGAUUUUAUCAACAAACAAACUUACAAAUUGCAAUAGUAAUUUAAUUUAUUUUUUUAUUUUAUUUUUUUUACUCUGUGGCACCCAAGUACAUUUAUGUAAAAUUGUUACUGAUACAGACUUUUUUUUUUGUUGUGAUUAUUAAAUUUCAGUAUAUUUGGAUCUGUACCUUAAAAUAACAUGUUACAACACAUUCUGUCUUGUUCCUAUGAAAUCAUUCUUUGAUUGAGCACAAGGUGACUGGUAUUAUCCGGUUAAGAUCAGCAAUGCCUGCUUUUUAUUAGAAUAAUCAGUUACCUCAUGGGAUGCUAGUUGUAAUCAUUACAUUUGGAUUUUUUUAUUUUAUUUAUUAAUCUCUACACCAAAGUUUUAUAUUUGAUUUUGUAUCACUGGUACACAUGUUUAUAGAGAAUAUCACCAAACAGCCUUUAGGCUGCCAUCUUGAAAAUGAUAUAUUUUAAGAAGAUAAUUACAUAAGACGAUAAUGAUUAAUUAAGAACAUAUGUCUUUUAUUUGCCAACGGGUCUGUCCUCUAUAUAACUUUUUUCUGAAUGUGUAUUUUCUAGAAGAGCGCUCCUGGGGACUGAUCAGUCAUUGUCCGAGGAUUGAACUUGAAGAUGGGAUUCGACUUGGCUGUCAUCACCACUCCAGCCUGAGCCUCCAUUUUCCUGUUUUGAGCAGGGAGAGCUCACCCCACCGUAGGAGCCCUUCCCACGCUCCUGAGGCAGGGAACUCUGCUGCUCCUCCAGCACCCCCUACCAAGAGACACUGCCGCUCCUUAUCAGUGCCAGAGGACCUUUCGCGCUGGCGGCCAGUUUGGCGGCCUAGUGGUUCUAAAGUUUGGACUCCAGUUAAGAGGAGAUGUAAUAGCGGUGGGGUUGGGGCAGUGCUGGGAGUGCAGACUCAAAACCCAUCCCAAGGGGUCUCCAGUCUCAGGUUCCAAAAUGACCCCAGUGCCUCUAUACGCUGCAUCCAAGCCAACAGCCCUCCUUUCUUCAGUCUGGCCUUGUGUCGGGAGUCACCAGGCCCAUGUACCCUUUCCCCAACUGGUGUAUUCUGGGACAACACAGAAGGGCCAAGCUGCUUCCCAUUGCAGCGCCGUUUUUCACUGUCACCUGUACUUAUCAAGGAUGCAGGACGGUUCCUUCCUUCAACCAGCAGCUCCCCACCUUCCACACCAGAGCUGGUCCGACGGCAGCAGUGUCUCCCACGCAGCCAAUCACAGCCUUGUGAUCUGGACACAAGAAAAUGUGGAAUCAAGCGGAGGCAUGAGGAGGAUACACGAUGGCAUCGUCCUUCACUGGACUUCUACAAGAUGAACCAGGUGAUCUUUAAUGGAAGGAAGGCUUUAUGGCUUGUGUUGGGGGGGGGGGGUUGUGAAUCCAAUUUACUGAAAUGUAUUAUUUCUUACAGAAUGUUGGUGCUAUGUGUUUCUUGGACAACUCUGAUGAAGGCAGCUCAUCAUCUCCUUUUAUGGCUUGUCAUGGGGAGUCUCCUUGCACCACUGGGAGUCCGGUCACCACCUGCACACUGGCAUUUAGCGAAGAAGACAUAGGCAGGCGAGAUCAUGCUUCCUGCCCCCAGGCAAUGCUCUUCCAGCAUGACUUCGCGGACCUGGAUUUAAAUCUAAUUGAAGAGAAUUAGCACUCUCAGGAAACAUCACUCUUCAAAAUGAAUUCUGAUAGUAAAGGGGUGUCUGAGUGAGAGUGUUUGGGUGCCGGCUGCAGGCCAUUGCUAAGAGACCUGCACCAAAUGCAUUCAACAAACCUUCUGACCUUCAUGACAGAAAAUGUGCGUGGGAGGAGGGGAAAGGGGAGUGAGCCAAAUGUUACAUUCUUUUUCUUAAGUGGGAAUCCAGAGGCUGGGUCAUUGGGACUCUUACUACACUUCUCCUUUCCCAGCAUUAUAGCUGGAGAUGAUCUCCCCUUACUGAGUUAAAAAAAAAUAAGAGGGGAAAAAAAAUGGGGGGGUAAAAGAAAACUUUACACAAAGGGUGCUGUGGGAUUGCUUUAUUUUUAUAUUGAUGGAUUUUGGAAGGAUGUCCCGAGCUGCCCAGGGGGUGGGGUAGUGGGAAGUAGAGUCACGUGCAAUGAUUUGCCUGUGAUCAAUUCUCAUUAUAAUGUGACUAUUGAUGUAAAUCAACAAGGUGGCAUAUCCAGUUGUGCACAAAGGCAAAAGCCUUACAUUCAAGUGAAUACCCCAUGGCAGCAGAGUUCAGAGGCAAAUGCCAAGGGAUCCCAUGCCCAUGUGUUCUGAAUUUAUUUUUGUUCUUACUCUUCCUGAAGAGGGCUGAUAGAACAAAUUAUAUUUAAAUUGCAGGGUCUUCUUUUAUUUAUUUAUAUUUUACUUUUAUUUCUACCCUUCCCUAAAAUGAAUUUUUGCCUGCGUGUGAGAGAUUCCUGAGGCAGUCGAUCAAAAACAAAACACAGAAGAGGUAGUUAUCACCUCGCCCUGAACGUAUCUGCUGUCUACACACUGCCACUGGAGUCUUGCAUAGAGUGACCUCCCCAAUACCUCUUUAAAAAGGUAUUUAUUCCUUAAUCCUGCACAUUCCACCCCCUUGUGACCCACUCUCUGCCCCAUUCCCUCCUCAGGAACGAGUCUGCUGGUGUGUGUAUAUUAAAGUGCAGGCUGUGGUGCUGCAGAUGGCACUGUGAGCAAGGUGUUGCAGAAUCCCUCACAUUGGAAGAUAGGAACCAUAUUUUCAUGAGCCUCUGAAUGUUAUACAUGUAUAGAAGCCAUGGGAGCAUUAAGUGUAUAGGAAAACAUUCACAACCUAUUCCUUUCUCGACAUGAUGCAGAGGAGCCCCUGUAAUUAGAUACAUAAGUGUAAGAUGUGUAUGUGUCCAUAACACUUCAAAUUUUGUUUUAUUUGUAUUCUUGUUAAACCGGACAGCUCAGCUAUACUACUCCAUGUUACAGAUAAAAUAAAUACAAAAUGGGGAAAACCUUUGCGCUGAUCCUGGAGAAGCAGGAGUUUUGAUCUGCAGUGGCCGUCCUUUUAAUUUCGAUACCCCAGUCAAAUCUAAAACAAAAUAUGGAUCUGUGUUUCAAACAACGUAUUUUGCCAUUGAUGUGCAAAUGGGGACUCCAGUGGGGGUAGUAAACUGACCCAGAACUGGAGCGGUUACUCCAAAGUUAGUAACCGUUUAUUUUAUUUUAAGGACUCUUUAACAGUAUUUAUAUAUGUGUAUAAAUAUUUUCCCCCUUAAAAUGGGGAGCGUUGUUCUUGACAAACUUUCCAGUACCAAGUACUGGUGUUUACCCUCUUUGUGUUUUAAAGAUUUAAGUGGGGUGUUAAAAAUAAAUAUACAUAAUAAAAUCAACCCAAUUUAAUGAGGAGGCCACUUUCUAUUUCCUUUUUCUCCAAGGAACUGUGUACAUGCCUGACAAAACUGCUGCUUUAAAAUAUGUUGAGCUUUACAAUAAAGUGGAUCAGGGUGGGGAAUAAAAUACAAACUGUAUUUAGUGAAGCCAUUGUGGAUCUUGUGUUACCGCUCCUGUCUUUUUGCUCAGACGUGGUGUUGGUUCCAACAUGGCUUCUGUAUUCCCCAUUUCAACUAAAGUUCUAUAAUGUCACAUUUUCUCCAGAUUCCAUUUAGAGCCACAGACUGCUGUUAUAUUCAAUUUACCUGAUAAAGAUGAAUGACAAACUAAUUUUGUGUGCUGUUGUAUAAUCCUACAGGGAUGAUUUUAAUGCAUAUUAAAUCCAAGCACUGCCAAGUUA